UCCAACGGCUUGUGGAGCUGACAGCCACCAGGGUGACCCCAGUGAGGAAUCUGCGUGUCCAGUACCGCCUCAUCCGAGAGCUCGGCUCUGGCUCCUAUGGCCGCGUACUCCUUGCCCGGCCUCGCCAAGGAGGUUUACUCCAGACCCUGGAAGGACCCUUGCAGACCCCCCGACACUUUGCCUUCGCCCAGGAGUACGCACCAUAUGGGGACCUCAGCGGGAUGCUGCAAGAACAGAGAUGCCCGGCAGACAGUCAGAUGAGGAACAGGUGGAGGCAGGGGCUGCUGAAAACGUGGCUGAGGAGAACCUAGGGGGCCUCACGGCAGAGGAGCUGCGGCAGGGCCAGGAGGCAGCCCUGGAGCUAGAGGACAUGAUGGCGCUAAGUGCCCAGACCCUGGUCCAAGCCGAGGUGGAUGAGCUCUACCAGCAAGUUCGUCCCCUGGGCCAGGGCCGCUUUGGCCGGGUCCUGCUGGUCACCCAUCGUCAGAAAGGCACUACUCUGGCACUGAAGCAACUCCCAAAGGCCUCCACUUCUCUCCGUGGUUUCCUGUACGAGUUCUGCGUGGGCCUCUCAUUGGGCGCGCAUUCAGCUAUAGUAGCGGCCUACGGCAUUGGCAUCGAGUCAGCUGACUCCUACAGCUUCUUGACGGAGCCUGUCCUGUAUGGGGACCUCAUCACCUUCAUCCAGCCCAAGGUGGGCCUCCCGCAGCAGGCAGUCCAGCGCUGUGCGGCCCAGCUGGCCUCGGCCCUGGAGCACAUUCACUCCCGCGGCCUGGUGUACCGGGAUAUCAAGCCGGAGAACGUGCUGGUGUGUGACCCAGCCUGCCGGCAGGUCAAGCUCACCGACUUUGGCCACACAAGGCCCCGGGGGACUCUGCUGCGCCUGGCAGGGCCACCCAUCCCCUACACGGCCCCUGAGCUCUGCUGCCCCCCGCCCCUCCCCGAGGGCCUGCCCAUCCAACCUGCCCUGGACGCUUGGGCGCUGGGGGUCCUGCUCUUCUGCCUCCUCACUGGCUACUUCCCCUGGGACCAGCCCCUGGCUGAGGCCGACCCCUUCUACGAGGACUUCCUCAUGUGGCAGGCGUCCCGCCAACCCGAGGACCGUCCUCAGCCCUGGUUCGGCCUGACGCCUGUGGCAGACAGUCUCCUGUGGGGGCUGCUGGACCCUCACCCCCGGAAGAGGUGCUCUGUGAGCUCCAUUCGGGGCUACCUAGGGCGUCCCUGGAGGCAGCGGAAGGAGGAAGCUGAAGAGGGGGAGGAGGGGGGCAAGGAGGAGGAUGGAGAGUUGGGGGGACAGCCCGAGCCCACCUUGGCUGUGGAGACUCAGGAAGGGAACUGGGUGGGCCCUACCUCCUGAGGUCACCUCUGCCUUCUUGAGGGGGCUUUUUGGCUCCUCCUUUGCCCAUUUUCUCCUUUAUACCUUCCUUACUUCCCACAAGGGCAUCCUGUGUCCCUCCCAUGGCCUGGGGGGUGGGGGUCGGGCAGAGACCACUGCAUGUCUCUUCUGCAUCCUUGUCCUCCCCAGGGCUUUGGCACCUGCUGUUCGUCCCCUUGCCUGCAGUCUUGUGGCUCCCUCCUUUGCCUCCCGCACACCAUGGAUGCCUCCACGUCACCUGCUCUGUGAGGCCUGCCCUCAGCAUGCAUGAGGCCCCAAGCAAGUCCCCACUGC